AUGGACGUUGCAUAUAAUCAACAUGCCGACCGCGCUCGUCGCAAGAAUCGCUCCUCUUCCAGCCUGAACCACCUCUCUCUCGCGCCUCUGACCGCCAAGCUCCCCCUCAAUGACGACGAACUUCUAGCCGACGGCAUCGCAUCGCAUCCUCACUCGCCCAUCCAUCCAAUUCCCUCUUAUAUCCAGGGAAAGUCAGCGCCUACGACUCCACGUCUUUUCGCCCGCUCUCCUACGGCACCGCGUUCGCGGUCAACUACCCGAACUCCGUCCACACCACUUGCCAAGAGCAAGUCCGCAUCCCACCUCGCUGGCAGCGGAACACGAAAGGGCCGCUCAGGUCGUGCAACGCCUAAACGUCCCAAAGAUGAUAUGAGCUUCAGCAUGCGCCAUCGCAAUGACAGCGAUUGGUUGCUCCGAACCGGCGCGCUAAUGAGCUCUGAAGCUCGCGAAUCCAAGGGUCAGACAUGGCUUAUAUCGCGUCAGAGCUCGACCAGCCUAGGAGGAAUGGAUCCCGAUGACGACGCCUUCGAAAACGAGCUUGCUCGCGAGCGUGAGCUCACGAGUCGUCAUGCUAGCCGUCGUGGUAGCGUUGUUCCAAUUGAGGAGGACGCGUCCCCAUAUGCUAGUCGCUUCCCCAGUCGCUCUCACAGCCGCUCUCAUAGCUUAGCUCGGUCUCGGAGCCUUCUCCAUUCGCCUCUUGAGCUAUCGACUACUGCAGAAGGGUCUUAUUUCCCCCAUCAAGAAGUUGACAAUGAUCUUCCCGGCCCUGAUUUUGUGAAUCUUGAUGAAAAGCUAGAGGAGCUUGAGCAAGAUGCAUCCCUAGAUGAUGAAGCUACCGUAAGACGACUCGUUCGAAAGGGCCAAGCAGGUACAGGCACCUGGUUUGGUAGCGUUUGGUCUCUUUUCUCUGUGGAAGAGGAUGAUGAAGAUUCAGACGAGGACAGUGAUGAGACCCCACGAGACGAGUCCCAGUUCGACCGCUCUCGUAGCUGGUCAUCCCGCAAUCUGGAAGGCAUAACAACCGUACCAGAAGAACAGGUACCUCCUCCAAAAGCUGAUGAAGGUGGCUGGAAGGAUGCAGCCUGGUUAUUGAGCGUGGCCACGAAGGUGAUGUUUUAG